AUGUUGGUCUUCUUGUCCCUCGUUUCACUCAUUGUCCACCUGGCCUUUGCUGCCUAUAUUCCCACUGCUGAACUAAUUCAGAUUGACAAUGGCCUUCUGCCGAGGCAAGCGUCCUCCACCGCUGCUGGCUCGGCAACUACAACCAAUACGCCAGACGCUCAGUGCACGAACGGACCUUUUACGCGCCAAUGCUGGGGCAACGGCUUCAGCAUCGCUACCAACUAUGACAGCACCUGGCCCAACACUGGCAAGGUGGUUGAGUACUAUCUUGAGGUACAAAACAUCACUAUGGCUCCAGACGGAUUCUCCAGGCCGGUCUACGCCAUCAACGGCAGGUUUCCAGGACCCACGAUCGUCGCCAACUGGGGCGAUACGCUGAAGAUCACGGUGAAGAACAGCCUUACCACAAACGGGACCAGCAUGCACUGGCACGGUCUACGUCAGUGGAAGACGAACCACAUGGACGGCACCAACGGUGUGACAGAAUGUCCACUCGCGCCAGGCCAGUCGCGCACGUAUACCUUUCUGUGCACCCAGUUUGGGACGACCUGGUACCACAGCCACUUCUCGGACCAAUACACGGACGGCGUCGUGGGCACAAUGAUCAUCAACGGGCCUGCAACGUCCAACUACGAUAUAGAUCUGGGCGCCUACCCCAUCACCGAUUGGUACUACCGCAGUGCAUUCGAGCUGGGGCCAUUGAUCCAGAAUGGCGGGUUCCCGCGCGGACCACCGCCGGGCAACAAUAUCCUCAUCAACGGCACCAACAUGAACGUCAAUGGCACCGCGGGUCGAUACAGCCGGACGACGUUGACCAAGGGCAAGAAGCACCGUCUUCGCCUGAUCAACACUUCAACCAACGACAACUUCAAAGUCGGCCUGGACGGGCACAACAUGACCGUCAUGACUGCAGACUUUGUGCCCGUCAAGCCGUUCACCACGCAGUGGCUCUUCAUCGGCAUCGGCGAACGCUACGACGUGGUCAUCGACGCAAACCAACCGAUCGGAAACUACUGGUUCCACGUCGUGCCCCAGGCCGGCUGCAGCAGCAGCCUCAACACCAACGCCCUGGCCAUCUUCUCCUACGCCGGCGGCAAUUCUACCUCACUGCCCUCCAACGCAACCCGCUCCAACGCGCCCCCGGGAGCGGACUGCAACGACCCCAACAGCCAACUGAUCCCGUACGUCAAACUCGACGUGCCCAGCAACUACACGAUCCCGCACUCGUCGCGCCUGGACGUCGGCUUCGCCAUCGUGCAGAACCAGGCCCAGCAGACGCUGUUCCAGUGGAACCUGAAUUUCACGGCCAUCCAAGUGCCCUGGGACGACCCGACCUUGCAGUACGUGCUCUCGGACAACACCAGCUACCCGGCCAGCAUGAACCUGAUCCCCCUGCCCAACGCCAACGCCUGGUCAUACUGGGUCAUCCAGGCCGUGCCCACGAUCGCGCCGCCCAUCCCGCACCCGAUCCAUCUGCACGGCCACGACUUCUACGUCCUGGGCGCCGGGCAGGGCAUCUUCAACAACUCGCAGACCCUUAACUACAAGAACCCGCCCCGCAGGGACGUCGCCAUGCUCCCCGCCUCGGGUUACCUGGUCAUCGCGUUCAUAACGGACAACCCUGGCGCGUGGUUGAUGCAUUGCCACAUCGCCUGGCACGUAGGACUGGGCCUGGGUGCCCAGUUCCUAGAGGAGCCCGAUCAGAUCAAGACGUUGGGCAUCGGACAGGACUGGUUCAAGCAGUGCAGCGAUUGGAACACGUACAGCCAGACCGCCGUGUUUCAACAGGAGGAUUCCGGGUUGUAG